AUGCUGAUCCAGAGUGAUGGAAAAGCCCUACAGCGUCCGGUCCUAUCUCCCGACGGCAAAUCGUUAGCGAUGAUAGCACCGGACGAACGAAUACACCUUAUCGACUUGUGCGAAGCCGCCAAAGGACGGAGAUCCAUCAAUGGGCUGAGGCUUCCUAAAGCAGCGCAGAGCUUCCUGCGAUCCUGCAACAUCCUCCGUUGGUCACCAGAAACCAUAAUUAGCCCUGAAUGCGAGGCUGCCGCCGACGUCUUGUCUGUCACGUCGUCGGAGUGUGAUCUUGGGCGGUCCUGGCUGCUCCUGUCAGACAAUAAACGCCUGAUUGCGCUGAGCACAGACAUUAGAACGGCAGGGAUGAUGGCGAAGGUGGACAGCGAAACCGGUCUGAAGUCCAACAUCCUCGCUGACUACGACCUCGGAGGCCAACUGGGGAAACUCAGCCUUGUAGAGUUUGUCUUUAACCACAAACACGCGCUGGUCAUGUUUGAGUUCGGCUCGGUCGCCUCCAUACUCUCUCUGACCGGACCUCAACGGAAUGAAAUUCCUCAUAUCAAAUUCUCCGAUGCCAGGAGUCUCGCGACAUCGCCAGAUUCCAAGUAUUUUGCCUUGCUCCGCCGCGACAAAGGACAAGAUCGAGUGACGGUAUUUGAACUGGGGGACAACAACCAGGUGAUAUACAAGUCUUUUGAUUGUAACACCUCAGACGCCCAGGAUGUGACGUGGUGCCCGACUGGCCAGCCUCUUCUGGCGGUGCGGGACACGCCCACGUAUGGUGUCAAAGUCUCGUUUAUGACGGCACAAGGUCAUACACUCAAACAGUGGGAAAUCAAGUCUUCUACAUUCCAAUGGGAUCUCAACCUUGCACUCACCGAUCCAGCGGAAGGCGUCGGGCUUACCUACUGGGGUUGGACCCGGACAAACCGCAACAAUGACACUCUGACCCUUCAAAAAUUGGCCAACGGACAGAAGCAGGUGCUUGUGAGGUACCAGCCCACCAACAGCAUGGGUACGAGCACUGUGGCUAAACUCAUGCACCCAGACGUGAUUGAUGGCUCCAAAACGGCUGUAUGGCUGGAGGCCGGCAAGUCUCCAGAGUUCGCUCGACAGUCCGGUAUGUUCGAGGUGACGAGCUCAUCGCCGAGCGCAGACCCUGGUUCACAACUGCGUUCUGCGUCACAUCAUUUUCAGUCCUCGCCACAAGAACUCGACCAAGUUGACCUGAUCGAAUUGAACUCAACCCAUACACUGCUCGCCACGCGGCUGCGGUCGUCGCCUCGAGCAUUGUUCCUCUGGAACGCGCACAAGACAACGAAUCCACUGACCGUUCUGAUUUUCACGCAUUCCAUCCGCCAGAUUCAUUUCCAUCCCCACCUACCACACGUCCUCAUCGUCCUGACAGCUUCAAAGCUGCCAAGGUUAUAUGCUUGGUAUCACCACAGUCUUCCUCCUACGGCAGCACUGAUUCCCAUUGACACAAACGGGUCGACAGACUUUUGGGGGAGCUGGUUGCCAGAUUGCGUGACGCAUGAUCGCUGUCCUUUUCUCCUUACCUCGAAAACUGCCUUUGAAGCUGGCUAUCUGUCCAGCCACCAAGGAAAAAUCAUUUUCGAAAGCAUUUUGCAAUGUCCACCCGACCUAUCUGGAGAUGUCUCAAUGGAUUUGGACGGUGACGACGAAUCCACGACGGAGAUGAUGGAGACGCCGAGCCGACCUAGCAAGCAUCCCGAAAGCGCGAAAGAGACCAUGAAGAAAAAGAAAGCCCGGUUCGACAUCCCGCCAGAUCAAAGGACGGACUGGGCAGAUGAUCCGAUUCAUGCAGAGGCUGGGUAUGCUUAUGCUUGGUGA